UCCAGCAAAACCAUUUUCUAUUGAAAGAUGGGAAUUGGGUGUCCAUAAAGUAGUGUGUGUGAGAAAAACAUCCAAUAUCUCGCUUGUAUAAAAAUAAAAUAAAAAUAAUUUGGUUUGGACCAAAAAUAUGGGAAUUGGGUGUCCACAAAUUAGUUUUGGGUUCUAUGCAAUUUUAUUCUUGGAAAAGUACAUUAUUGGGCCCAAUAACGUAGAGGCCCAAAAUAACAGCAAAAGCAAAUUGAUGCUACAUAGAAAAAAAAAAAAAAAAAACAAACAAACCCCAGCCGUGAAUAUUGAACCCGCUUCCAGUCAGAUCUACUCUUGCUUUCAUCUUUAGAGAUUCCAAGUAGCCAAGUAAAGAUACGAAAUACAAGCCAAUAUCAUUUGGUAUCAGGACCUGGACAUGGAUCAAAGAUUGAAAGAGCUUGAGAUUCAAGUCCGCUCUCUUGUUUCUGGUCAACAACAAAUUUUGGACAAGUUUUCUGAGCUCUCUUAUACGCGCAACUCUCAAACUAUCCGUGAUCACGAGGAUGAUGCUAAUGGCGGACGGCACUGCAGCACCAACAAGAAUACGAAAGGGACCAAUUCGAGUGGAUUGCAGCCAUCCUACCAUCCAAGCUUGCACAUGGAAGGGGAGUGUGAGAAGGCCUAUAAAUCUGUGUUCAUAGUGGCACAACAUUUUGGAAGACUAUAUGAAGGUGUGUUAUAUGAAGUAAAAAUUGAACAAGGAUCAGGAGCAAUUAUAAGGGGAGGACCAGGCAGAGCACUCGUGGGUGAAGAAGAUCGACCCCCAUUGCUUAAUCCUGUAAACAAGAUCUUUGGUGAGAGCGAUAUGGUUAAGCCGUACAGUUGUCGUUUGGUGGCUCUGAGGUUCAAUGGAUUGUCCAAGUUAUAUAUGUUGUUAACUGCUCGCGAUGUCCUUAGGCACAGCCUUAGGUCCACCACCACUGCCCCCACGAAACCGGACUUGAAGGGACGUAUUUUCGACAUAGAGACCAAGUCAUUCUAUACAUUUACGCACCCCAAAUCAUUUAACCGAAGGUCAACUUUGAUGUCUGCGUAUAACAAGCUUUAUCAUCUUGGAAUUGCAGAUUCUUGGUCCCUAAAUAAUCCAAGGGUAGCCUUUGAGCGGUAUGAUCCCUGCAAUGACUGUUGGGAGCCCCUGCCAUCUGUUCCCUUUGGACUCUAUAAGGGCAGAGGAGGGAUGGCUGGUUAUGCUGUUUGCGGAAAUAAUAUUUUGCUCUCAUCGAGUGCCGGCAGGAGUUUCAUUGCUUUUAAUGUGAAGGAAAAGAAAUGGUAUCCUGUCUUAGCUAAGGGGUCUUUUUCUUUCCGCGGGAGGGCUGUGGUUGUAGGCAAUACCAUCUAUUGUUUAUUAUCCCUCCAUCAUGGGAAGGUUGCAAAGUUUUCCUUUGAUCCUAGUACGUAUUCUAUAAGCGGAACGCAGCGACUUUUUGGUUUGGAAUACAACAAAAAGCAUACGUACAACGGAUAUUUUGAACAGUGCUCAGAGUAUAUGGUUCAUCUAGGGAACUUGGAUUUUUGUCUUGUCCAGAGUGGCACUGACAGCAAUUGUUGUGGUCGUCAACCCAUUUGGAUCACCACGUUCCAAAUUGUCUCUGAAGGAGGAAAAAGCUCUAUCAACACCUUGCAUUCAACUGUUUAUGAUGUGGACCUAAAUGGCGCGCACAAAUUCUUAAUUGGUUUCAGCUUCACUCCAGAUUGCAAGGAUAAAGAACCCAAAGGAGAAGAAACUAAGGUGAAACUAAUACAUGGGGUUUCACAGGGACCACUGGAAAAGAGAUGCAAACGGAAAGGACACUGCAAGCUCGGGAUCAAGCGUGGGAUCGGAUGCAAUGAUUGGGCCAUCUCGAAGCAUAAAAACGAGUUUCGUGUUACUGAAAAUGUUAGGAAAGAAAUCCCUUAACUUCUGUUAUUAUGUAUUUACUUGUAGUACCACGUUAUGUGGGUCAUACCAUAUUUCUAGCCCAGAUUAGUUAGUUACUUAGAAUAGCUCCUCGUGUACCUUUUAUAUUCCUUGUAUUGUUCUGUAUGAUUCAUUCAAUAGAGAAAAUAUUCUACA